UGGUGCACUUCCUACUGUGAUCCAGCGCGUGGGCCCUGUCAUGAGUGCGUGAGGAAACGCCGGUCUGCUGCGCUCUUUAGCUGUAAACUCACAUGAUACGAAGAUUUGGAAAUAAAACUCAUGGAGGAAAAUGUGGAUGUUAAGGCCCUCAGGGCCAAAUUUCUUGCUCAGUUAGAGAUGGCAGGUUCUGGAGGUGGAGCUCCCAUCAAACCUCACACAACUGGUGCGUUGCCAGAGUCUCUAACCAAUGGAGGGCUCCGAAACAAACUUUCAGCAGUGUCGACAAGACCAAUCCUUCCUCUGCUCUCUUCAAGUGAACCAAAGAUGUUCAGUUUGGGUCCUCAAGGAGUAUUUCCAAGACCUCCUCCUUCUCAUCAUGUAGGAGCUCAGGAGACUCCUAAAAUGCCCCCUACAGAGGCCAAUGUGCCAAACAAAGUCAAACUGACUGGAGAACUUCUUCAGAAAAUGUUAAAACAACAUAGCGAUAUAAAGUCUCCAUCUUUCAAGCCACCACUGCUGAGUCAGAGGUGCAUAUCAGAGGUUAUACCCCUGAGGAAGCCACUUCCAAAUGUUGGGCCACGACCAUCAAAGCCAAAACGACCUCCUUAUGUGAAUCUGGAUCAUUUUCUGAAAAAAGCAACUGCUGUUUUUCCCAUAGGACACGUAGACUUAAGAAGUCCUAAAGGACCAGCAAGACCUCCAAAUAAACCCAGCCUGCUUACAUCUUUUUCAGAAUUAAACAUGGCCCGGGAGCAGGACACCUAUGAUGACAUCAGCACACUCCCACCACCUCCACCCCCAAAACUCAGAGGUAAACAUCUAAUAGAGACACCGACGUGCUCAGACUCAUGGACUGACAGUUACCAAUCUCAGCCUAGUGAGGACAGCGAUCAUGAAAUCUAUGAAGAUAUAGACAAACCAGUCGAGAUUUCCCCACCUGUCCCUGCUGAGAGGAAGUUUUCAAAAGAUGUUAAAAAGCAAUUAGAGCUGGACAAGAAAGAACAAAAGGAAAAGCAGAAACGAGAAAAUGAGUAUAGAAAAAGAUUUAAGCUGAACGGGCCUAUUGAGGUGAUCCACAUGGCUCGCGUGAGAGAGGACUGGCAUGGCGGGAAGAAUGACCUGAGUGUACAGAAGGGAGAGAAUGUGGAGAUCAUCCAUGUGAACAAAAAUCCUGAGGGGAAAUUGCUAGCACGAAACCUGAGGGGAAGCUCUGGCUUCCUCAAUAACCUCUGUGUGGAUGUGGAUUAUGAGGAUGUGAAGCGGAAAAUCCAUGGUCAAGCCACUCCCUCCCACAACCCUUCUGUAGGCCAGACCGUCGACCAUGAAUUGUACGAUGACAUUGGCUCCAAUGACCAACUCAACAGCAGUUUUCAUAGUGAUGAUGUGUACGAUGAUGUGGACCCGGUCAUGAAUGAAGAGUUUCCUCCCCCUCCGCCAGAGAUCAGCCAUGAUCCGAAAAAGGCUAAGCAGCACGAAAAAGAGAAGAAAGAGUUUCAGAAAAAGUUUAAGUUUGAAGGGCCCAUCAGAGCUCUUUACACCAUGAUUGUGGAUCCUAAUGCCAAUUUAAAGAAGGGUGGCAGCAAAGACCUGACAGUAGUCCGUGGGGAGGCCAGUGAGAAGAAAGCUCUGUGCCGUAACAAUCUGGGCAAAUAUGGAUAUGUGCCCCUGAAUUAUCUUCUGCAAGCGGAGGGUGACAUCUAUGAUGACACUGACACAGCAUCAGAUAUAUAUGAUAAUGAUGACAGUUGACACACUUGGUGGCAAUACGAUGGAGACCUGAGAAAGUAAAGAGAAACUGAAAAUAUUCCAUUCCCCCUAACACAUGAAUGAAUCACACAAUUUAAAGAUUUUGACUUUAGGAAAUUGCGGCUCGAAGCUUUGUAUAUUGUGGAAAUAAAUGGGGGAGAAUUGGAUAGCAUGAUGUAAUGGUCAUGAUGUAAUUUGUUGUUGAAAAUGCCAACCCAGCUACUGUUCAAAUGAAAAUAAAGUUAUAUGUU